UGUGAUGUGUGGCCCAUAAUCCAAGUUUCUUCAAUGCAAUCGAAUCUCAAAUUGCUAACCUGUUGAAUUGUUAUUGAAUCUGCAACCCCUCGUGAUUAUCACUUCUUUUUUUUUUUCUCAUAUUCAAAUAUCAGAACCUCCAAUUCAUAUAAAACCAACCCCUUAUUCACCGUUUGGUUGUUCUGAGCAACCCAACAAUACACGGCACCGCUCUGUUUUCCCUCGCCCAUGCCAUUUUCUUGCUGAGUUCCAUAGAAUUAGUUCCAUCUCCGGACGCGAAAGCUAUGGUUACAGAGGAUCGAGAGAUCCUCGGCGGAUGGCCGCUUGGUCUCGAGGUUAUGAACACAAGGCUUCGAAUGACGCAGCCGGAGAGGUUACCGACGAUAGCUAAUUUGCACAUUCCUUCCAUGAGUUUCUCCUCUUUGUCGUCCUCCGAGCUCGACACUGUGUCGACGGCGUCGUUCUUCCAAGACCACAGCGUCUCACUCGGCCGGCUCAUCGGAAUAAGGCCGGCCGACAAGACGUGGUUGUGCUUUCCGACUGCCACCGACGGAAGUGAGAGUGUAUCGGUAAACGCCGGCGGCUUAGAUGUGUCGAAAACGAACGGCGAUGAAAUAUCGGGACGAAUCUGCAUUCCGAUUGUGAUCGGUAUCGUCUUGAAGAUGAUCAGAAAUUGGAGGAAUUCGAGGAGUUGAAUUGUAUUAUCCGAUGAAGAACCAGAAACGAGAAGGAAGUAGAAUUCCCCCAACGUAAUUACAAAUUCUAGGGAAGAUUUGAGUCGGUAAUAAAUUUAUCUUUGCGAAUUUUUCGCUUCGUCUUCAUCCUUUUGAGAGUUGGAUGGAUUUAUGUACUUGAAGAUUCUAAAACAAGAUUUGAAAAAUGGUUAAGCUUCUGUUUUCCCCAUCACUUUCUACAGAAAACAAGAUAUUGAGAUUUGAUCGAAAGGGGAUUUGAAGAAUUUCGAAGUCAA